UGCAAAAAGUUGGAAGUUGGAAGAAAUGAUCAGCUGAUUUGGUAUGAAAAAAAGUCGGUUGUCAGUGUCACUUGUCAUCUAUUAAAGCACUAAUGAAAAUUGAAAACGUAAGAUAGGGCCUUUUUGUAUUGAUUUUUAUAAUGGAUAGUAAUAAAGACGAGGCUUUACGAUGUAUUGACGUUGCUGAAAAAUAUAUCAAGGAAAAAUGCAAAGAAAAAGCUGAAAAAUUCCUGCAUAAAGCGGAAAGAUUAUUUCCGACGCAACGGGCUAAAGAUCUGCUGUUGCAAGUGUCAAUAAUGCCAGACACCGUUGAUUCUGAACAACCAAGAAAAAGAAAAGUAACUCCAAAAGCCGAUCAAUCGCCAAAGAGAGCCGAAUACACUUCAGAACAAUUAGCAUUAGUCAAACGAAUAAGGACCUGUAAGGAUUAUUAUGAAAUUUUAUGUAUAAGCAAGGAUGCUACCGAUACUGAAAUUAAGAAAUCUUAUAGAAAAAUUGCCUUACAGUUGCAUCCCGAUAAGAAUAGAGCUCCAGGUGCCGAUGAGGCCUUCAAGGCUGUUGGAAAUGCCGUUGCAGUGCUUACAGACGUAGAAAAACGUAAACAGUAUGAUCUCUACGGUAAUGAAGAGGACAGGCCAGCUAGAAAUCAUUCGUACAAUUAUAACAGAGGAUUUGAUAACGAGGUCAAUCCAGAGGAAUUAUUUAACAUGUUUUUUGGAACUGGAUUUGGAGGUUCGAACGUUUAUGUGCGCCGAAACGGCCGUUGGCACAGACAGACGACUGGCAGCCAGCAGGAACAUCAUCGUAGAGAACAACAAAACAGUGGCAUGUCAACCUUUGUGCAAUUAUUACCGAUACUAAUUGCGAUAUUGCUGUCGAUGGUUUCGAGUUUCUUCAUAUCAGAUCCGGCUUACAGUUUGUCAGUUAGCUCGAAGUACCCGAUAAUGAGACGCACCCAAAACUUACAGAUUCCUUACUACGUUAAGGAAAACUUCCACACGGAAUACCAGGGGUCGGUAAAAAGGCUGGAGCUGUCCGUGGAAGAGGAAUACGUUUCCAACUUGAGGCACCAGUGCUACCGGGAGAAAAGCUACCGUGAUUCGAUGAUAUGGAAGGCCAGGAACUUUGGCGACCGGGAUCUGUUCGACAACGCCCAGAGAAUAAAAAUGCCCUCUUGCGAAAAACUACAGGAACUACGUUCGCACGGCUCAUUCUAAGUCUUAAUAAAUUAGGUGAUUUUUGUUAGUGCAGUUUUAUUGUUUUUAUUUCUAAUGUAAAAAUGUUAUUUUAACCUAAACCACCUGUUCGUUUGUAAACAUUGAAUAGGUCACGGGAAUUUUUCAUAAAUUUUCAAUGUUGCAGUGCGACUAUCCAAAGAUCUAUAACAGACUAAAUAAAAUAUGUGUUAAGGAUCAAUAAUUAUUUAUCGUUAUUUAUGUAAAAAGCUUUAGUUCUGUUGGCAUAUAAACGGUUAGAAAAAUUAAAUAAUUAAAUUUGAAA